AUGAAUAAGUUAAUGGAGCAGGUAGAAGAGUACAAGAGGUUAGAAGAUGAUCAGCUGCAAGAUAAGGCCAAGGCUAAAGCACUUGUCGUGGAGAAGAAGGACGUUAAGGCAGAUCAAGCUCCCCGAUCUCGAAGGGACUUUUUCCCUCAGGCUCAAAAACCAAGAUCCGAGAUAGUGAGCUCAUUGUAUAAAGAGCUCUUGUAUCGAAUUGUGGAGAAGAUAAAGAAUAAGUCCUAUUUCCAUUGGCCAAACAAGAUGAGUGGAGAUGUUACUAAAAGGAACCAAAGUCUUUAUUGUCCAUAUCAUUGGGAUCGGGGGAACAACACUAAGGACUCUCGGCCACAAGAUCUUAAGGGGGCUAGCACCUUAAGAACCUCAGCUCCAACUAGGGGACUUAUAGGGGUGAUACAUACGGCCAGGAAGCGAGUUGAAAUCACAAAAAGUUCACCUUGGGUUUUAGCCGUGGCUUCAAGGUUUAACCCCGAACAAGAUUCCCCUGCCCACAAGAAGGGACGAUGGGAAGAUAACAACAUCAGAUUUGCCAGGGAAGAUCUUAAAAGCACUGUUCAACCCCAUGAGGAUGCAUUAGUGGUGACAUUGCGGAUUUGGGGGUUUUGA